AAGGUUGAAUUUUAAAAAUGUCUGGUCGGGAAGGAGGAAAGAAAAAGCCACUGAAGGCACCUAAGAAAGACUCAAAGGAAAUGGACGAAGACGAAAUGGCUUUUAAGCAAAAACAAAAGGAACAACAAAAGGCGAUGGAAGCUGCCAAACAGAAAGCAUCACAAAAAGGUCCGCUUGUUGGUGGAGGUAUUAAGAAGUCAGGAAAGAAGUAAAGCUGUCGCCAAAUUAGUUUUUUUUUUAUUUUUAUAAGACCGAUGAAUAGCAUUUGUAAUAAAUAAAUUAAGUACAAAUGAA